UUCGUUUCUGCUUUACUUGUUGAAGCCAUCUUAUAUAUACUCUACGACUGGAUACGAUCUUUUUUUUCUAUAACUCCGCUGAGCCGGUACCAUUUCGUUAAGCGACUCUAUUUCUCGUUUUUGAUCUUGACCGCUUAGGGUUCUAUACCGCAGAUGCGGAGGAUUUUAUGAAGUGACGACUGAUGAUUGACGUGUACGUCAUCUGCGAUGGGUUCGGUUUUGUUUUGUUUGCUUUUAUUUUGUUGGAGGAAUCUCUCUUCUCAUCAUGUUCGGAUUUCUGGUUUCGGUUUGGCUUGCAUGUUUUGGGCGUAUAUUGCAUUGACGAUACCCCGGCCUCGAUCUCGAGUUUUCUACUACGAGGUUCUGGAAUGGAGUUGUUCUACUCUGGUCGGCGGUUGUGCACUUUAUAGUUGGCGAUUUGCUUGUGUUUUUCUACUACUGCAAUUUGUAUAUAUGUCUUAUGUCUCGUUCUGCUAUGGUUGGCGGUGAUUUGAUUCGUUAGCGUCAUCUGUCGAAGCAUUCCAGAUUGAUAGG